GAGGACACCAUGUCGGCGGUGAUGAUAACACGAAAGGUGCGAAAAUGGGAGAAGCUCCCGGGGAAAAACACUUUCUGCUGCGACGGACGGGUGAUGAUGGCCCGGCAGAAGGGCGUCUUCUACCUGACCCUCUUCCUCAUCGCCGGGACCUGCGCCCUCUUCUUCGCUUUCGAAUGUCCGUACCUGGCUGUUCAUCUUUGUCCCGCCAUCCCAGUUUUUGCUGCCCUGCUGUUCGUUUUCGUUAUGGCCAUGCUGUUGAGGACCAGCUUCAGUGACCCCGGGGUGCUACCGAGGGCCCUUCCGGAAGAGGCUACAUUCAUUGAGAUGGAAAUUGAGGCUGCCAAUGGGAACGUCCCAGCAGGGCAGCGACCCCCGCCCCGAAUCCGCAACGUUCAGAUCAAUAAUCAGAUCGUCAAGCUCAAGUACUGCUACACGUGCAAGAUCUUCCGACCACCUCGAGCGUCCCACUGCAGCAUCUGCGACAACUGCGUUGACCGUUUUGAUCACCACUGUCCUUGGGUGGGCAACUGCGUGGGCAAGAGAAACUACAGAUACUUCUACCUGUUCACCCUGUCACUCUCCCUGCUCACCAUUUAUAUCUUCACCUUUGACAUCGUCCACGUGGUCAUGCGCUCAAUGAAUGGUGGCUUUUUGAACACUUUGAAGGAAACACCUGGAACUGUGCUGGAGGUGCUGGUGUGUUUCUUCACCCUGUGGUCAGUGGUGGGACUGACUGGCUUCCAUACCUACCUGAUCUCUCUCAACCAGACCACCAAUGAAGAUAUUAAAGGAUCCUGGUCGGGAAAGAACAGAGGCCAGAACCCUUACAGUCACAAGAACAUCAUCAAAAACUGCUGUGAGGUGCUGUGCGGCCCGACAUACCCGAGCGUCUUGGACAGAAGAGGACUACUGCAGGAGGACUCUACACUCGUUUCCUCCAGCAACCCAGUGCCACAAACUACGAAAACCACAGCUCCACUCAUCCCCAACGAGCACACACCUGAUGAUGCCAAGCCGAGCAUUGCUUCCUCAGCAGAGAAGAGCGCCUCCCCGAAAGAGGAGCACCCUGCAGCUAUGAAAUUCCCACCCCUGGCUUCACCCGAGACUGAUGCAGAGACAUCCAUCGCCAAGGAAAGGGCCCAUUAGCUGCAUUAGAGGGCGGCUCUCAUCGGGGCUGCUCCUCCAGCAUCCUGCCUGGUCAGGAACUGAAGCAUUAAUAAUCAAUGUCUGACUACUGUGAGGGGGACUCAGUUAUUCUCCGACUCCUGCCCAUCAAUCCCUCAGAAGAGCGGAGAUUUUGCUGCAGCUUCUCCUCUUCCCUGCUUUUUCUCACUGGUAGCUGCAGAGGAGUUUGAUUGACAUUGACUCCUGCAGGAGAAGUGAUUAAAUGGAAAGUCAGCAGCUUCCCGUCUCCUGAACACUGCAUGGAAAAAAAAAAAAAAAAAAAACGCAUAGGGGGAAAAAAAAGCUGCUGGGGUGCCGCAGAAAAGACACUCCCCAAGCUCUCGACAGCCCCACAGUUCACCCGUGGGCUUCCUCUGACUGUCAGUACUCAAGUAUGUUUAUAUUUAAAAUUGCGUAAUGACAUUUAUUAUAAGAGGCCAGUUCAAAUAUCCUUGCAAGUCUCUGGCAAAAACAGAAGCUAUCACUUCUGGACAUGUGUACAACUUCAUACAUACAGUCAGUUUAUGUUGUGCAUACAUUACACGCCCUAUGCAAACCACAAGAAGGCUGGAGAAGCAGCAUUGAGAGGAGUGUGGUGAUAAAGGGUCUUACCUUUCAGUCAGAGCUCCUGAUGUCCAGGCAGCAGGAGAACGUGUGAAUCCUUAGCUGAGAAAUUCAUUUAAGGCUCCUUCCAGGCAAAGUCUACCUUGUACUCUGAUACUGCUGCAUUCAAGUACUGGUGUCACUGAUGUGCAUCUUUUCUUAACAAAGUGAAUCUCAUCCAGACCAACGCCUGUCCUUUCAUUUUUUUAUUUAUUUUCUUUUUUAUAUAAUCAAGGAUGUAGUGUGCCAUCGACGCUCUGAAACAGAUGACACUGAGUCACGCACAUUUAAAGUCUUGUAUCCAGUUGAGUGUGAGAAAAGGCCUGAUGAGCGUAGAGACACUCGUAGUACCAGUGCCUUAAUGUAACGGUUGCAUCCAUCUGUAGCAACUGAGGUUCACCAAAAGAGGAGCCCUUCAAAUCAUUAAUCCAGUGCUAACCUAUGGAGGUGAUAUAAAGGAAAAAACAUGAAUCUGCUACUUAACACUACAAUUUUUAUGUUGUUGACAAACUGUGAAUUUUCCAAAUCUGAGAAGGAAUAAUCACUAUUUAACUGAAAGGAUCACAGCGACCUGUGGUGAGUUUAUGCUGCUGCGUUUUAGAAUAUCGCAGGUCACUCAAAAAGAGCUUGUGAGAAAUAAACAACGAAGCAAAGCCAUCUUUUAACUGCAGGUUGCUUCAGCAGGGAUAGAUGUGCUGAAAACUCAGCUGCUGGGUGAGGAUGAAAGAAAGAAGUGUGUAGCCAGAGUUAAUUAUUCAGCCUUUGAGCUCCUCCUGAUCUUCCUCCCAGUCCUCUCUCUUCCUGCCGUGUUCUGCCUCUGUAGAAAAGUCUCAUAUCUUACUCCUCUCCUCCUUUUACUUGCACAGUUUUUUUUGUACAGUACGCCCACGACCGGUGCAGCUUUCGCUGCAACCAACUGUGUCAGGCUCAUUAUCGCAGAGAAUUUAAAAAAAAAAACACGUUCAAACUUUUUUCCUCACCCCCCUACGUGUCUCUUAUUUUGCUUUGGUCACAAUGAUCGCCUGAGGGUACAGCAUCUGUGCAAAGACCAAUCAGAGAAGGAGUCAAGCAGAUCCUUUGUAUUAAUUGAUGUUAGCUGAUAGUGAGAGUUAGUGAUUGUGCCGUAUGCAAGACAGAGUUUGUGUUUGUGAAAUAUACUUGUGUAGAAGUUUUAGCACCGUAUCAGACUCUAAAAUCAAGGGUAGAGAAUAAAGCUUAGGGUGAAUUGAGGACAGGCGUGCCAUCAUUUUUAUUUAACUGUCAGACUUUACAGCUUUAAAAACUAGACGGGGUAAAAGCAUUAAAACUUUUUCCAACCAAUAUUUUGCUGAUCCAUUGUUUCAGCUCUCGAGGAAUUCUUUCUACCUGCUUUCAGGUAAUCCCUGACACGUCUCUGUUGGAGGAUGCUGUGAAGUGUGUAGUAGUGUAAAGAAGUGUAAUUACUGAGUAUUUGUUUGGAAAACUCAGAGAAAUGCUAAAAUUUACAGUAAACCGAGACCUUUUUUUCUUUGUUUUCAAUUAAAGCUGAACUUAGUGGGCUUUCUUGUGGAAAGUAUUUAAAGAUAGUUUGGUGUAUUUAAUUGUCACCGAGAAGCAAGAAUGUAUGAUGUUCGAUUUUUGAGAAGGGGGGGAAAGGGAAGCUCGUGAUGUUCAAAGGGAGGAUGAAGUUUAAGGUUUAGCUGAAAGUCUGCAGACCACAGAGAGACCAAGCCGA